AUGGCCGACCCUAUAGACAGCGCACUCGACCUUCUCCGACGCCUCAACCCGAAGGACGUCAAGGCCAACGUCGACCACCUCAUCAGCCUAAACCCCGACCUCACCGAAGACCUCCUAGAAUCCGUCGACAUCCCACUUUCGGUCAAGAAAUGCUCGAAGACAAAGCGUGACUUCCUUUGCUGCGACUACAACCGUGACGGUGACAGCUGGAGGAGUCCAUGGAGCAACGACUUUGAGCCGCCGCUGGACGACGGCGAGGGUGUUACUCCAAGUGACCGCAUAAGGAAGAUGGAAAUCAGGGCUAAUGAGGCUUUUGAUGUUUACAGGGAGCUGUACUUUGAGGGUGGCAUUGCAAGUGUGUACCUCUGGGAUAUGGAUGAUGGUUUUGCAGGAUGCGUGCUGCUCAAGAAAUCCGUUUCUCCGUCCCCUAAGAGCUCCGGCAGCUGGGACAGUAUCCACGUCUUUGACGCCCAAGAUCGUGCUCGUACCGCACAUUACAAGCUCACCUCCACCGUCAUUCUUUCCCUCGGCACCGACUCGGAAGCACUAGGGGGACUUGAUCUUUCUGGAAACAUGGUCCGUCAAGUCGAAGCCGACAUGGCUGUUGAAGACGACAGCUCCCAUGUCGCCAACAUCGGCAAGAUGGUGGAAGACAUGGAGCUCAAGAUGCGCAACCUGCUUCAGGAAGUCUACUUCGGCAAGGCCAAGGAUGUCGUAGGAGACCUGAGAAGCAUCGCACCGCUCAGUCAGACGAAUCGGGACCGAGCAACGCAGCGGGAGAUGAUCAGUGGCAUUGGCAGGUGA